GUUCAAAACAAUUCCGCAUAAAAUCUCCGAGCAGGCUACUUCGAAUGCAUCUCAAGUAGGAUCAUUAAACUGCUAUCGUAACGUUCCGAUCUCUUCCCCCCACCCCUGCCGUGCCUUCUACCGCAACGCUCAUUACAUUACACCAAGCUUCUCCAUCCAUCCAUCCAUCCGUAUCAAAUCCGUAGCUCGUAAAAAAAAAACUUUCUCCGCACUACCGCACCCCAACCCAUUUGAUGACCUGCGAAAUGACCGACCGCAUCGCAUUCGGCUUUCCCAGGGCCACUCCAGUAUGACCUCCCGUGCUUAUCCUAGUUUCACGUUUAUCGCAUUCUGCCUUGUACCCGCUGCUUCUAUACGGCGGCGGUGGCUGUCAGCCACUUUGCUUUGACAGACCCACACACUCUCGCUCGCUCUCCCUCGCUGCAGGAGUCUGCGCCGUACGGGAUCUCCUGGGAGAGAAAUAGAGGAACCUUGUGACGUAAAAGCAGCUGACAGUUGGGACGGGUGUCCUGUCAGAAUUGUGUGCCAAAGGGCGCUUGCGCGGGUCCUUUCAUCGCAUAAGGACCUCUGAUGGUCGGUUCCGGAACCCGAUUUUGACACUCUGACUGGCCAGGAUACGGCCGAGCCCUGACUGACGACACGAGAGUAUGCCAAUUGACUCAUUGCAUUCUCCCGGAGUAGAGGUUCGCUUCACGUCAGCCAGCCAACCAACGAACCAACCAACCAACCAGCCAUCCUCAGAGUCAGACUGCUGGGAACCCGUUCCGUGUGAAUCCGUCGGGCGUGCGAGUGUGGGAGGUUCCUUUUCGGUGUGACCGUGAAAUCCGGUCGUUUCGUGAGUGAAGUGCACACAACAAAGGAUUCCUGUUUUGCUACAUCCUGAAGGACUGCGACCUCGUUCUUAACCUGCCUUGCGUUCUUUCCUUUUUUCCAACAUUGUUUGCUGGAAAACCACCACCCUUGAAAAAACGUGAAGUAUUGUGAUUGCUCCGGGCCACAACCAGGAACCAGUGUCGGGAAAAAUUCCAACAGAGUGUACAAAGGGGAGAAUAAUAGUGCACCGGAGACGGGAGGGCAAAGGAAGAGGCUAUAGAAGUUCCUCAAUUCCUCUGUUGUGCACCACUGCAGUGAGGCGAGUUGAGCUUGAUCCCCACCCCAAUCCGUGUUUUCAAACGUCGAAGGAAAAAAAAUAAGAAGAAAAGUGAGCCUAAUAAGCGAAGAUCCGGAAGAUCUGAUUCGAAUCCAAGUUGGCAAAUUAAGAGUCAGCAGCAGUGGUUGGGCGAAAACCGAAGCAGGCUGCUGCUGCUGUGCUGUGAGGCCGAAGAGGAGGAAAGAAAGCGAGUGACGUGAUUUUUGCCACUAGGCUCUCGCACGGAAGCGGACCAGUAGGCUGUGGAAAAUUCGCGUGUUUGUUUGCUAGUGUGUAUAUGUGUAUGUGUGUGUGUUUGUGUGCGCGCCCGUGAGAGUCGUGUUUUAAGGCCAACAUCAACCUCGCGUUUGAAUUUAGCUGCAGAAGCUGUAGAGGGAAAAAAAAAUAAUAAAGAUUGGUGGCACACAAGUGUUCGCAAGUUUGGUGAGCCCUAUAAUAUAAACGAGAGGAGGAUUCGAGCCGAGGAAAAUCAACACCGGCAGAAAGGCGAAACAGUUGUUCGCAGUGCUAUAAUAGAAGAGAAUAAAAUAAGUGCAGACUGAUAGUAAAGUUUGUUAGCCUUCCAAGUAUAAGAAGUAACGCGAUAAAGUGCGAAGAGAAGUUUUCCAGUAAAAGUAAAAUUUGAAGUUAAGGUGCUCUUGGGUGUGCGUGUUCAUCGCGAGAGAUAGCGAGAGAAAAGUUCGCGUCAUGGCUUGGGGAUACUGGAGUGCAACGGCCGUCGAUCGGGGUCGGUCCCCGCGGCGGAACACCCAACAGCAACAGUAUCCCUAUCAGAAUCAAAACUACCAACAGUACAGCCUGGCACAAUCGCAGCACCAGCAGUCGACGCAAUGCCUGAACAGUUGUCCACAGGUGGCGGAACCUCCGCCACCGGUGCCACCGCAGCAACAACCCCUACCACAACCACAGCUACAACAGCAGCAACAACAACAACCGCAACAGCAAGUUUGCAGCAGUCCGUGCCACAGUCCCUGUCAUAGCCCUCAGUUCAUCGAGCAGAUUCCACCGGAUUUGCCCUGCACUCCGAUUUGCACGUACUCACGUAGACAGUCACUUGAUAGUCCACAGGCCAAUCAACUAACGGAUAUUAUCUGCCGAGCGGCGCAGCCUUCGAUCCAAUCGGCGGGCAAUACUUUGACGCGGGGAACCUCGCUUCGUGAUACCGGUGACUAUGCGGUGCCUCAUCCCCAUCCCCACACGCACCACUACAUGACCACGUCCGAUACGCCGCGGACCCUCAGUCGGGUGGGUUCGUGUCCGGGAUCGACGGGCGGAUCCGGAUCGGCCCACGGGUCCGGGUCCGGUUCCAGCCCCGGUGGAGGUCCUGGGAGUGGUGGCGGCGGUGGAGGACGGGACAGCAUCAUUGGCAGCAGUAUGGGCAUCUGCGGGGUUGGCAUACUUGGGGGAAGCAUCCUUGGGGGCAGCAUCCUAGGGGGUAGCCAAGGGGCGGGGCUGGAGUACGUGGAGUGUUCCCAUUACGAUCGGAUGCCGUUGCCGAUACCGGUGAAGAUACCGAUGGUGCCACCACCGCAGCUGCACUCGGAGGAGGAGAUCGAGCCGGCCUAUGCGACAGGUAUGUGA